CUCUCUCUCUCUCUCUCUCCCCCACCCGUCUCCCUUAUUUCGACGUCUCCGAGCCAUGAGUUCCAAGAAGGUUGUCGCCGCCUCCAAGGCCCGCGCCGCCGCGGGCAAGACCGCCCCUGUGGCUGCCGCCGAGCAGAAGGCCGCCUCCAAGCGCACCCGCCAGGAGGUCGAGGCCUCCGAGGAGGAGAGCGACGAGGACGAGGAGGAUGGCUCCUCUGGUGACUCUUCCUCCUCUGAGGAGGAGGAGGAUGACUCCUCUUCCGAUGACAGCUCCUCUUCCGACGAGGAGGGCGCCGAGUCCGGCCCGGCCAAGAAGAAGGCCCGUACCGAGACCAAGGAGUCUCCCAAUCUCCCGGGCAAGACCAGCUCCUUCGGCAAGCUGAGCAUCGAGGUUGCUCCCGCCUUCAAUGCCACCGACAACCACCGCUUCGACAGCCUCACCCUGUCGGACUUGACCCUGAAGGCCAUCGAGGAGAUGGGCUUCGCCAACAUGACCGAGAUUCAGAGCCGCUCGAUUCCCCCUGCCCUGGCCGGGCGCGAUGUUCUCGGUCAGGCCAAGACCGGUAGCGGUAAGACCCUGUCCUUCCUGAUCCCGGCCAUUGAGAGCCUUGCCCGCCUGGAGUGGAAGCCGCGCAACGGCACCGGUGCCAUCAUCAUCUCGCCCACUCGCGAGUUGGCCAUGCAGAUUUAUGAGGUGGCCUCCGAGCUGAUGAAGUACCACCACCAGACCUUCGGCCUGCUGAUCGGUGGUGCCAACCGCAAGGCCGAGGCCGACCGCCUGGUCAAGGGUGUCAGCGUGAUUGUCUGCACCCCGGGUCGUCUGCUGGAUCACCUGCAGAACACUCGCGGCUUCGUGUUCAAGAACCUGCGCGCCCUGAUCGUCGAUGAGGCCGAUCGCAUCCUGGAGCAGGGGUUCGAGGAGGAGAUGAACCAGAUCCUCCGCCUGCUGCCGACCGCCCGGCAGACGCUUCUCUUCUCGGCCACCCAGACCACCAAGGUCGAGGACCUGGCCCGCAUGUCGCUGCGCCACAUGCCGAUCUAUGUCAAUGUAGAGGACAAGGAGCUCGACACGGCCACCGUGGCCAACCUGGAGCAGGGCUACGUCGUGUGCCCGAGCGAGCGGCGCUUCCUGCUGCUCUUCACUUUCCUCAAGAAGAACAUGAAGAACCGCAAGAUCAUUGUCUUCUUCUCCAGCUGUAACUCCGUCAAGUACCAUGCGGAGCUGCUGAACUACAUCGACGUCCCGGUCAUGGAGCUCCACGGCCGCAUGAAGCAGCAGCGCCGCACGACCACUUUCUUCGAGUUCUGUAACUCCCAGACGGGUGUCCUGCUGUGCACGGAUAUCGCCGCUCGUGGUCUGGACAUCCCGUAUGUCGACUGGAUUGUCCAGUACGACCCGACCGAUGACCCGCGCGAGUAUGUCCACCGUGUGGGCCGUACCGCUCGUGCCGGCAAGUCGGGCCGUGCCCUGCUCUUCCUCCUGGAAAGCGAGCUUGGCUUCCUGCGCUACCUCAAGCAGGCCAAGAUCCCCCUCAAUGAGUAUGAGUUCCCGCUGGCCAAGCUGUCCAAUGUCCAGUCGCAGCUCGAGCGCCUGGUGGAGAAGAACUACCACCUGAACAGCUCGGCGCGCGAGGGCUACCGCAGCUACCUCCAGGCGUACGCGUCGCACUCGCUGAAGAAUGUCUUCAACGUGCACAAGCUCGACCUGCAGCAGGUGGCCCGGAGCUUCGGCUUCACGGUCCCCCCUUCGGUCAACCUGAACAUCAACAGCACCGGCAAGGAGAACCGCGUGCGCCGCCGCGGUGGCGGUGGCGGCUUUGGCACCGGCUACGACAAGGGCCACAAGAAUGCCGAUGUCAAGUCCAUUCAGAAGACCGACUCCGCUGGCCGCCAGUGGUCGCGGUAAGGCCGACGGCGUGUGCACAUCCUCGUCCCCCUUUCUCUCUCUCUCUCUCU